AUGGCAGAAGCGUAUUUUUUUGAGUCUCCUCUUCUCCUCUCCAAACCUGACCCCUCUGAGAGUCCAUUCCCUGUCCGGUCCCGUAGUGAGCUUCCAACACCAAUACACGAGCUAAUUAUGGAAGGUAGUAGUGGCGAUGGGGUUGUUCUGUGUGAUUGUGGAACCCCGGCGCGAGUUCAGACCUCAACCACUGAGAAAAAUCCAGGCCGGAGGUUCUAUUGCUGCCCAAAACCAAAUAAUCCAGAUUGUAAGUUCUUUCAGUGGAUUGACAAAGGUUUAGAUGGCUACGCACAUACGGUGGUCACUAACUUGAAGAUGGAGGUGACUCAUUUGCAAAACGAACGUAAUGCAGCUCUUCUACAAGCUGGUGAAGUCAGAGCUCAUUUGGCAGCUAAGGUGUUGGAGAAUAGUUCACUGAAGGGAGAAGUUGAUGCCCUAAAGGAGAUUGUUGACAUGUACAAACAUGAGAACCAAAUUCUGAAGGAAGAAAUGGGGCUGGAAAUGAUGGAGGUGGAGACAUUGAAGGAGAGGAUUGAGGAAGUGCAGUUGCACCAUGCACAAGCCAAGAAAAUCAAAACAAAGCUGACCUAUGGAUUGUAUGGAUGUGGGGUAGUUACUGCUGGGGCAGUUCUUUAUGCAUUAUAUCGCUAG